UCAUAAGCUUAGUGUACAGAAACAACCAUAGAGACGGAGGGCUUUGUGUUUUAUAGCACAUUUUUAAUAUUAAUAUGUAUUAACUAUAUUCUAUCAUAUUUAUUCUCCUCAAGCAACUUUGUUUUUACUGUAGGAAACGCCACUUCCUGGUUCCUCGUUGGCCACGCCACAGUUAGACAGCAGAUCCAAUCAGCAUCCAGAGUGCCCGCUCGUCAUGCUGUGUCGUCACACCGGGAACACACACGAAUGACAACAGUUCAUAGCGCCUGGAAUGCCACAUUAAAAUGUGUCAGAGGAGACUUUUGUUUUACUUUAAAUGUGUUCCCCCAAGUUUCUUGCCUCACCUGUGAAAAAAAUCUGAGGAACUGCAUUGCUGAUGUUAUCUAUCUAUCUAUCUAUCUAUCUAUCUAUCUAUCUAUCUAUCUAUCUAUCUAUCUAUCUAUCUAUCUAUCUAUCUAUCUAUCUAUCUAUCUAUCUCAUUCAUAAUUUGUCAAACUUUGAAUGUACAUAAUCCUGCAUAAGUGAACGUCAGACAUCCAAGAGAAGUAACAAUGAACAAACACAUUGGGAUUUUAUUUUCAUCUAUUUAUGAGGUUCACCUGACAUAUCAUACGCAUAUUAUUGUAAUCCACCCAACACCCUUUUUAUUUAUUAGCUUUUCCCAGAGUUAUUAGAAUGAGUAUCCCAUUAUCCAGAAGUGUAAUGUAGCAUAGAGCCCAAGUGAUACUACAGAUGUGAGAACAGAUGUGGUAACUUGAGUUACAUAUGACCUGAACUGAAGUUUGACUCCAGUUACCAUUGUAUUACCAUGAGAUUUUGUUCUCAUUUUUUGAAGAACUCCAUGAGCUCUACAGAUGAGGCAGAGGGCCUUUGUGCACCGCAGAAGUCCAGAGAUUGGGUUUGAAACUGAGUAAAAGAAGCUCUCCUGUCUGCGUUUGUGAAUUUUCUUCUUAAAUUGAUUAGAAACUGAGUUUUGAACAUCAAUCAAAGCUUUUGAUACUUACAUAUGCUGUUGGCUGGCCGACAAGUACCUUGAAAAACUGUGUGCAAGUGAAGAAUUAGAGCUGUCUUAAAGGUAAAGGUUGGUCAUGCCAAAUAUUGAUUUGAUAUUUGUUUCUGUUUACUGCACUUUGUAUUAAGUUAAGUACACAAAUAGAUUGAUAAAAACUUGCCUAUUAAUGGUAUUAUUUUUGAAAGCAUCCUCGCUUUAAUAUCAGCUAAAACUUUUGCACAGUACUGUAUAUAUAUUUUAGAUGUAAUAUGCCAGUGUUUUUUUUAUAUUGAUGCUAAGUCUGUUUCAAAUGUUUCUAUCAGGUCUAACACUCGGCUUGUGUCUCAAAUCUAAUAGAUUUUUUUUGUUAAAUAAUAAGCAGUCAUUUAUGCAAUAUCAAGAUGGAUGAACCUGCUGUGGGUUUCUAUUUGCAGCACAUAUUAACCCUACACUCUCUGUGCAAUGUAUAUAGUUUUCUAUGCUUUAUGUGCAAGAAUAUUACCUAGCCCCAGAUUUGGUGUGGAGUAAAUUGAUUAAACACACUAUUGUACAACAUAUAAUGACAUAAGGAAGGUUAUAAAACUAAACAAACUGAUAUAGGGGGGGCUUAAACUUAUGUUGUAAGGUGUAAAGGCCCUUAAGUCAGUUGAGAUUGUGAUUUAGUGUUAAAUAUUCCUAAACAUAUUCUCAAUUAAAUUAGCUCAAAUCAGCUGACACCCAGUAAACUUGGAGCUUUUGAGGGCCCUGUAGUUCUGGGACCUUCAGAUAGUUGCCUGCUUUGCCUGUUUGUAAUCCAGCCUUGCCUGCAGUGGCAAAUAUCGUCUCCUUUAUUGCUGCUCAAAAAUUAAAACCCACCUUUCAUUUCCUGUGAGCCCAAUGCUGUGUGUUUUAAUUCAAUCAAAUGUGUCAUCCGCUAUUACUUGACAUGUUAAACAAAUGUUUUACUUGUUCAUGUUGGUGCAUCUUUCUCAGCAUUUUGCGUCGCUGUCGCGCCACCACGAAUACAGUAGGCGGGCUCUUUGUCGCGAUAGGUCGUUGCUAUGAUACGCCCAAGACUGACAGCGCUCCCGCUUCCGGUUCAUUCCGCCGUGCGCAGAAGUUGCUAGUCACAGGAGCCACAAUGGCGUUUGUAGUCUCCUUCAGAUAGGGCUGUGGAUGAUAUUAAAUCCACUAGCAUCGCCCUAAAUAUAGGCCAGGUUGAUUCCCAGAGCCAUUGAUAAUAAACUGGAACAUCUACUGCACACGAAAAUAUUAUGAUUUCUAAUCAAUAUUGAAUUUAUAGGGGAUAAAACUUACAUUAAAGGGAACAUGUAAACAGUACCAACCGGGUCAAGUUUUCAUUUUGUUCGAGCGUCUUUUAAUGAAGGCACUUGCUUGUUUCUGAAUGCAAAGACCGUAAUUCUAUGGAAUAAAAACACCUUUACUUAACUUGGCACCGGACAAGGACAGCUUUCACAAAGGGACUUUUUUCUUUUUUACGAGUCAGCUCGCUAGCUGCCGAGCAUUAGCUAGCGGUGCUAGCUAAAUUGAGACGGAGACGACACCACAAUGCUCCGAUGUUUGGUUGGGAUCCUUUUCAUUCACUGACCAAUUCAAAGUACAAACUUUACAGCACUGGAAAACAACGGUGGCAUUUUUCUGCUUUGACGAACUAUGCUGGCGAUCUCAAUGGAAUGAACUGGCGUUGAGGACUGGACGUGAGCGGCCUGGUGUGUUUAUUUUGUGUAUUUUCUUGCUCUGUUUCUGCUUAGUAACACAUUAGUUUUGGCAUUUGGAGUAGCUGCUGUUCUCUUGUGAAUGAAUUGCCUGGACUAUCGAGGCCCAGUCGCAGGAGAGGUACCGACGCCGGCGUGAGGGAUGCCUGGGUCGGACCGACACCAUGGGACCAAGAGGAAGCCGGAAUCUAGCAUCAGCGGUGUGGCACACCAGACCCAGGCCCCGACUCAUACCUCUGCGGGAGACAUGACGAGCAAAGACGGCAAAGUGCAGUUAAAAUCUUCAAUGUCCUCUUCCUCUUCAAAACGCAAACGACAUAAAUCAACCAAACAUAAUCGGGGAUCCUUGGCGGCACCGGGACCCGAAGAUUUUACCCUCGGCGAUACGGCGCCUCCUGGUGUCAACACGGUGAAGCCUCUGGUUGAGUACGAUGAUAUCAGCUCCGACUCGGACACUUUCUCGGACCCACCGUCCUCCAGGCCUUCUGAGCGGGGGAUCGGGGACCGACUGGAGCCCUCACCAGACUACGAUAGGGACGAUAUCGGAAGAGAAGGUGGCGGUAGAGAGAACAGGGGGCACAGACACUCCCGGAAAAAGUCCAAGGACCCUAAUAAAAUUACAGAAUCUGGGAAUGGGGAACGUGGGUACAAGAAAAAGAGCAGCAAAGACCGUGAGAAAGGGAGUUCCGGAAAGAGCAAGGAGAAGGCUGCCUCAUCAGGCUCUUCAUCCAAACGCCAGGUCCAGCCAGAAGGUGACUCUAAACGCGGGGAGCUGAUGCUCUCUUCCCAGGUACAGCCUGCAACCAGUGUAGGUAGCACUACUUCCUCCACAUCCUCAUCUCGCAGCAAGGAGAGCAGCCGCUCAGGGAAGUCUCGCAAAGACCGGCAGCAGCGGAGAGAAGGCCGAGGGGAGGGCAGCCGGACCUCCUCCCAGAGGAGCCGGGCAGACAGGAGCCAUCGCAAAUCCUCCAAGAGCCACAAGUCGAGCCCUAAGGGCAAGUCUUCAAGUAGGGGUAGCCCUCGCAGGAAGGGCACCACCUCUGCUCUUUCGCCCAGUCCAAGAAGAGGGGCUGGCAGUGAGAGUCCACCGGGCAGUGGGUAUGGGCAGCAGGGAGAUGACAGCUACUCCAGGAGGAGGGUAGCUCAGCAAAGCCCCAGCCCUUAUGGGGAUAUGUCUCGCCGCAGCAGACAAAGAUCAGACAGCCCCUAUGGCAGCAGGCACCGGUCUUCCAGCUACGAGAGGGACAGCAGCCCCUAUUCAAGGAGACGCUCCAUGAGUCCUUAUGGUACCCGCAGGUCCUCCAGCACCAGCCCCAUGUCUCGACGCUCAGGCCGCUCCAGGAGUCGCUCCCCUCUGCACUACUCUUCUUCCCGUCGCUCCUCCUCUCGUUCCCGUAAUAAGAGGCACACGACCUCUAGUGGAGCAGGGGCCAGUUCCCACAGCAGCCGGCCAGCUAGCCGCUCCCCUCCCUCCUCCCGCCUGCCGCUUAACUCCAGCCUAGGAGCAGAGCUGAGCCGUAGGAAGAAGGAACGCCAAGCUGCUGAGGCAGCUGCUCGUGCCAGUGGUGGUGCUUCCCCUCCUCCGUCAGCACGUAAAUCUGCAGGCUCCUCCUCCUCACGGCCCACUAAAGCUGAGGCUCCACAGCCAGAAAGAGACUCGACGACAGCAGCAGAACCCCAGCCGCCGCCGCCACCACCCGCACAGCUACCCCAGGACCUUCCCAUUGGUGAAGAUCAAGUUACUGCGCCUUUUCACUCUUCUUCCGCCUCCUCUCCUGCACCUCCUCCCCCUCAGCCCUCUCCUCCUGUGCCACCUGGAUCAGCCACCCAGAUUCCACCACCACCACCUCAGGCAGAAACAAAUAUUCAGCCUCCAACACCCUUAACCAUAUCCCAGGCCAAAUCUCCAGCAAUCGGUCCCACACGAAGCCCCAUCCGCCAGACCCCACUUCACAAGACGUCAACUCUGCCCCCCCUGCCUUUGCCACCUGUACUGCUGGGAAACACUCAGGACAGUCCAAAGAAGUCCACCCCUCCUCAGAGGCCAUCUAGGAAAGAGAAGGAGGUUCGCAGCCGGCCAUCACUCAUUGACCUUCCGUUACCACCCACCCUAGCCGGAAGCGAAUCCUCACCCCCACAGUCCCCAAUCCGCCAGGCUCCUCCGCUACCCCAGCCAGCCCUUAAGAAGAGACCAAAGAUUUGCUGCCCGCGAUAUGGUGAGCGCAAACACACCCAGAGUGACUGGGGCAAACGCUGUGUAGAUAAAUUCGAUAUCAUUGGCAUCAUAGGGGAAGGAACCUAUGGUCAAGUGUACAAGGCCAAGGACAAAGACACUGGGGAGCUGGUGGCUCUGAAGAAAGUGCGUUUAGACAAUGAAAAGGAAGGGUUCCCAAUCACAGCCAUCAGAGAGAUCAAGAUCCUGCGGCAGCUCAAACACCGCAGUGUUGUCAACAUGAAGGAGAUUGUCACCGACAAGCAGGAUGCACUUGACUUUAAAAAGGACAAAGGAGCUUUUUACCUGGUGUUUGAGUACAUGGACCACGACCUGAUGGGCCUGCUGGAGUCGGGCCUGGUCCAGUUCUCCCAUGAGCACAUCCGCAGCUUCAUGCGCCAGCUGAUGGAGGGCUUGGACUACUGCCAUAAGAACAACUUCCUACACAGAGACAUCAAAUGCUCCAACAUACUGCUCAACAACAGAGGUCAGAUCAAACUAGCUGACUUUGGUUUGGCCCGGCUUUACAAUUCAGAGGAAAGUCGGCCGUACACUAAUAAAGUAAUCACACUAUGGUACCGACCCCCCGAACUGCUGCUGGGGGAGGAGAGGUACUCUCCAGCCAUCGAUGUUUGGAGCUGUGGGUGCAUUUUGGGAGAGCUCUUUAAAAAGAAGCCCAUCUUCCAGGCCAACCAGGAACUUCUACAGCUGGAGCUCAUCAGCCGCCUGUGUGGGAGUCCCUGUCCUGCAGCCUGGCCUGACGUCAUCAAACUUCCCCUCUUCAACACCAUGAAACCCAAAAAGCAGUACAGACGGCAACUACGGGAGGAAUUUGCCUUUUUACCUACUCCUGCCCUGGACCUGCUGGACCGAAUGCUGACCCUCGACCCUGCACGGCGCUGCACAUCAGAGCAGGCUCUCCACAGUGACUUCCUUUGUGAUGUGGAGCCCAGCAAGAUGCCGCCGCCAGAUCUCCCUCACCAUCAGGACUGCCAUGAGCUGUGGAGUAAGAAGAGACGGCGUGCACGUCAGAGUGGUGUACCCGAGGAUGUGCCUGUACCCAAAGUGCCCCGUAAAGACACGACAGGAACGUCUAGUGGAGAGAACAGUCGGCCCCAGAGCAGCCCCGCCGGAGCCCCGCCGCCCCCGCCGGGAAAACCACCCUCCACAGCCAACUUAGAGAGUGAGUUGUCAGGCCUGGGAGCUGUUGCAGAGCAGCUGAACCAGACAGAGUUGGCAGUGCUGCUGAACCUCCUCCAGGGACAGACGGAUCUCAGUCUACCCCAGGUAGCCCAGCUCCUCAACCUCUCCAACCCAGAGACUCUCAGCCAGUCGUUGUCUGCCCUCAGUGAGGCCUCUGACCACCAGGGGGCUCAAGAGGACCAGGCCCAGCCUGCUGCCAGGUCCCAGCCACCGGAGCCACCUCCUGAACCCCAGGAGCCGUCGCCGACAUCCGGGGAGCCGCCACUCAGCCAGGAAGACCAGGCCAACCUGCUUGCUCUCAUUUUGGGUCACAUCAUCAAGCCUCAAACCGAAGAGCAAGGCGACGAGAGCAAUGGCGUCCAAUCAGAGGAGGCACUAACGCGCGGUUCGUCCGCCUCUACUACUGAUCGCAAGGAUGGCGCAGUGUCCAAAAAGAAACGGCUUGGCGCCAACCAGGUACCUCCAUCUUGUGAGCAGCGUCCACCCUCUCCACCCGGGCCACCUCCGCCUGCGCCUCACCUUCAGGCCGGUUCAGAAACCCAACCUAGCCAGGACAUCAGCCCCGCCGUGGCAGCCGCGUUGCUCCAGCUCAUCUCUCAGCAGGACUCGGAAGCUGGGGCCUCUCAGAGCAGCAAGGACCCCUCUCCGGCUGUGGACGCCAAGGCCCGGGGACAGCCCCCGCCGCCCUGGGUCGCAGACUCUCCGCCUAAACCUUCUGCUGCAGCUGAGGCCCCAGCAGGACUGGUGACUGCUGCUCCCACCACCGCAGCACAGUUCCCUAAGGACCAGGACCUCCGUUUUUCCCACGGAGCUGCCCGCUGACCCCAAGCCUCCCCCCCAGGGUGAGAUAGACCCAGGUAUCGCCCAGGUAUCAUGGGAUGGCUCCAGCAACCCUGGCCUAAAGGGAAAGGCAGAGGGAGUGAGCAGGUAGUGAAAGCUGAAACAAAGAUUGUGAAGUGAAUGUCUGAAAGAAAGAGAUUAAGGGUCUUUUCAGUUUUGGUCGAGAACAUGGCCGCCCUCUGAACAAGCUGUCAUGUGUUGUGUUGGUGGGACUGGUUGGACCUGGGGUUGGUUCUGACCUAUAACAGUCCAGUUAGGGACAGUCACCACCUCCGGUCCCUUGCUCUUUCCACUCAACUGAAGGUCCUGACUUGAAUGAAGUUUAGCUUCCAAAUUGAGUGCCAUUCAGGUGACACUCAACUUUGAAAGCAGCUGGUCUCCUUAUUUCCCCCCCUUAACAAAUGAUUGUCGUGUCCACUGCAGUGCCCACUUUUAACAAGGUCAUCAGUGCUUUGGGGAAUCAAGUCAUUGUCCGCUGCUCUGUGAUGGAGCGGCGUCUGUGACAGAUAAGCUGAAGCUGAUAUACUGUGUAUGGGUAGAUUUGAGGCUGUGAGCACACUGAUAGGAACACUGGAGGACCUUGAGUUUCCCGCUGAACCUUACUUGCUGGCUAGCUCCCCUGCUUUCAGCUUGUGCCUCCUUUUGUGACCCCGCACCCCCCCCCAGCGACCCCUGAAUGAUCUCGGACUGGUGGGGAAGUUUGGAAGUUUCUGCUUUGGAUGGCACCUACAACAGUGUACAUCUGCAGGACUGCUUUUUUUUUUUUUUAUCUUACGCCAAGGCUGUUCCACAAUAUAUUCCAUCUGUCAUCAACCCAGCUGAUCUGCGCCGCGUUCUCAGCCCACCUAAAGACUUUCCGUCUUUUACAUGCAGCAAACCCCUAUGUUGUAACAAACCUAAGCCUGUAGUGCUCAUGUUAAUGUCAGAGAUAUGAAUUAAACCACUACAUUUUGAUGGACUGCUCCAUGAAACACAAGCUAUCCUGCUAGUCGACGUAUAAAGAUAGAAACAUACAUACACACUCAGAAACUGACUUUUACGGCUUUUUCCUGGUGGGCUCUGAAAGCCUCGUCUGCUCCUCGCCUCCCUGCAAACUUGUGCAGUAAAAGUUUUCUUUUUCUUUUUUUUCUUUUUUUUUUUUUUCUUUUUUUUGGUGCAGUUGUUUUCUACAUAAAGAAAAUGAUACACACUUAAAAAAAAAUGGUCCAUGGUUCUGUUUCCAUUUUUUGCUUUGGAAAACGAAGGGGAGGAGAAAAUGGUUUCAUGUCUGUAAAAAGGAAAAAAAAAUAUUUUGUAAUAUGUGUUUUCUUGGUUCAGUUUAUUAAAGGAAGUUAUGCGACCAGUUGAA